AUGCUGGAUGGCCCGCUAUUCUCCGAGGGGCCCGACAGCCCCCGGGAGCUCCAGGAUGAGGAGUCUGGCAGCUGCCUCUGGGUGCAGAAGUCCAAGCUGUUGGUGAUCGAAGUGAAGACUAUUUCCUGUCAUUAUAGUCGCCGCGCCCCUUCUCGACAGCCCAUGGACUUUCAGGCCAGCCACUGGGCUCGCGGGCCCCAGAACCGCACGUGUAGGCCAAGCCCGGGAUCCCCCGAGCCGCCGCCCCGCCGUCCCUGGGCCUCCAGGGUGCUGCAGGAGGCGACCAACUGGCGGGCGGGGCCUCCAGCCGAGGCCCGAGCCCGGGAGCAAGAGAAAAGGAAAGCGGCGUCGCAGGAGCGGGAGGCCAAGGAGACCGAGCGAAAAAGGCGCAAAGCUGGUGGGGCCCGACGAAGCCCCGUGGGUCAGCCGCGCCUGGAGCCCCGGAACGUCCCUCGGGUGGCCCAACCUGCAGGGCUCCCAGUUCCCUCUCGGCCCGGGCGCCUGGGGCAGGUGGGGAGAGCUUGUCCAUCCGCGCAACCGCAGAGCGACCCGGGGGCGCCAUGGGCGGGGCCCUGGGGAGGUCGCAGGCCAGGGCCCCCCAGCUAUGAGACUCACCUGCUACUCAGAGGCUCUGCAGGUACUGCCCCACGACGCCGCUGGGACCGGCCACCACCCUACGUGGCUCCACCUUGUUACGAAGGCCCCCACAGGACCUUGGGGACCAAGCGAGGUCCCGAGUUCUCGCAGGCACCCAUCUUAUCAGCCCCAACUCCGACCCCCGCCAGGACAGAGGGAGGGCGCACAAAAAAGAAGUUAGACCCUCGAAUCUACCGGGACGUCUUAGGGGCUUGGGGUAUCCGACAGGGGCGAGGUCUCUUAGGGGGAUCUCCAGGCUGUGGAGCGGCCAGAGCGAGGCCAGAGUCUGACAAGGGGGCCACGGAGAAAAGUCUGGGCCUAGCGGCUGCUGGCCUCAACAAUAGUAGUGACCGCCACUCCCAAGCCAAAGCUACAGGUAGCCCAGGCACGGAGAUAGCUCCUUCCAGGUCUGCAACUGCGUCUCCGAGCCCCCCACGUCCAGCUCCCAGGUCCAGGCACCAUCACAAGGGCUCGAGGGAAGGGAAAGAGGGAAGAGAACCUAUCUGGCUGCCCAAAUGCUGGUUUCCUUCCCCUAAAAAGCAGCCACCCCGGCAUAGCCAGACGCUCCCCAGACCCUGGGCUCCAGGAGGCACUGGAUGGAGAGAGUUCCUGGGUCCUAGAGAAGGGACAGGAUCUGAGACCCUGGAGGGUUGGAAGGUGACCCGCCGCGCCCACACCCUGCCUCGCAGUUCCCGGGGUCCCGCUAGUGGAGAAGGUGUCUUUGUCAUUGACGCCACGUGUGUGGUGAUACGGUCCCAGUAUGUUCCCACCUCUCGAACCCAAAAGGUGCAGCUUUUGCCCUCUGGGGAGCCACGCGUUGUGGGAGAUGCUCCCAGGCAACCCAAUCCCUGUAAGGAAGAGGGCGAGGGGUCCGCGGUCUUUCCCUCCAGCGACCAGAAACCGCUAUUGAGCAGUCUCCUUUUACACCAGCUGGGCAGGGGGCGCGGGGGCGAAACUGAGGACGGGAAGCCGGGGGAAUCUUCACUGGAGGAGCGCGCCUCCGGCAUCUUGGGGCUCUCGGUAGGCGAAGUAAACCUGCCGGACGCCCCCACGCAGCCAGGUAGCCCAGAGCACCCAACCUUAGGCCCAUCAGCUCUGGGAGGCGCCGGCAGCGCAAAGGGCUUGGAAGUGGCAGUGGUCCCGCGGCGCGCGGGCGGGGGCUGGGCGCGGACCCCGGGGCCCUAUGCCGGGGCCCUGCGGGAAGCCGUGUCCCGCAUCCGCCGCCACACUGCCCCAGACUCGGACUCAGAUGAAGCUGAAGAGCUCAGCAUCCAUAGCGGUUCCUCUGAUGGAAGCGACACAGAAACCCCGGGCGCCUCCUGGCGGAAUGAGAGAACCCUGUCGGUGGUUGGGAACGCCCGGCCACGGGAAGGCGGGAAGACAGCAGAGCUGAGCGACAGUAUCCAAGAGAUUCUAGGUGUCAUCAGCCAAACUGAGCAGGCCCUCUUUGGGGCGAGGGAUGUCAAGGGGACCCCACAAGGGAAUAGGGAGAGGCAGUGA